UUACGAGAUAACACGUGAGUUGCGACGCCCCCCUCAUCAAAAAUGGCACUGAUCACUGGGAAGACGACGUUAGACGACACCGUGCCGUUAAUAUGCUCAGUUGAGACCGCACAAAAUGUCGGAGAUCAUGUGUCCUAUGAGAUCAAGGUACAGAGAGGGAUAGCAGCAGAGAAGGUUUGGACAGUCAACAAGAGGUACAGCGACUUUGUAGCUCUGGACACGUGUCUUAAGACUGCCAAUAUUGACCUACCACUGCCACCAAAGAAAGUGUUUGGGAAUUUUGACAGAGAAUUUGUAGCAGACAGAAAGAAUGGAUUACAGACCUACCUAGAAGCCAUUCUGAGGAAUCUUCUCUUAGCAUCCAGUGCAUUUACUAAGAGGUUUCUGGAUGAAGAACAUUAUUCCAGGAAUUUUCAAGAGGAAGCACUGCAGCAUGUUUCUAUGUUCUUUAGAUCAGAGCCAAAAUAUGAAGUCAUAGAGCCUCUCCCUGACAUAGGCUGGAGGAUAAGGAAGCAGUAUUUUCUUGUGAAAUGUGCAGAUCAGCCCAAGCUGAAGCAAGUACUCUCAUGGUGUAAUUAUGGCCCUGACAAGUUUUUACAGGACAAAGACCUGACUGCAAUAUUCAAAUUAUUUUCCAAUUUUCAACAUCCAUAUAUCUAUCCAGUGGGGUUUGGCUAUGCCAAUGAGAGCGGAGGACUGACAAUUAGACAUUACAAUGAACAGGGCUCAUUUAGGGACAAUUUAUGUAGGGCAAAGCCAAAAGGCCACUGUCUCAAAAAGUAUGGAAAUCCAAAAACAAGAAUAUUUAUGCAGUUGCCAGAUGUGAAGUUAUUCGGAAGACAGAUUUUAGAAACCUUGAAAUUUUUACAUGAUAAAGGGGUGCCCUAUGGUCAUUUACACGCAGGAAACAUUCUACUGCAUGAUGGGAAGUGCAAACUUACAGAACUGGAGAAUUGCUUUCUGGGAUUGCCAGCAUAUUACAGACCAUAUUACACACAGUUUAAAAAAAUUAAUACCCUAGAAUCUAUAGAUGUGUAUAGUUUUGGUCAGUUAUUGUAUGAGCUGUCCACUGGGGUCCAGCUGGGCUCACCAACCUGUGAUGUGUUUCCUCCCUCACUGCCCCCUGAAGUCAGGUCAGUGUUGGAGAGCAUACUGACACAGGAGGCCUGUAAGAAUGGUUUACCAUCUGUGACAGAUCUGCUACAACACACGCUGUUCUGUGAUGUGCACCUCCCCAGUACAGAUAAACCAGCUGUGAAGAUUCCCAGUAAACUGAAAGAGGCAAUCAAACUAGCCAAAGAACAAAUGGAGAAGAGGUUGAAAGAAGAACAGAAGGCGAUCCACACAGUGAGGAGGAGGUCCAAAGCUCAACAAUUCCACAUGUCAGAGGAAGAGAAGAAAAAGAGGAGGAAAAAUAAAAAGAAAUCCCUGGCAGACUCAGAAGAGGGCAGUGGCAGCAGUAAGCGGGACAGUAAUCCUCCCACAAGUCCAGGUCCCAGUAGUACCAGCUCUACACCAGCCACCCCCACAGCCCCCGCAGCCCCCGCGGCUCCUGAUGAAUGUAAUGGUUAACGUUAAGACAGAUAGUGACUUCUCUCAAGAGGUUGGUUUUGUUCACCCUGAUAUCUGUAGUGUUCUUUACUAAUUACCAAGGUUCAGCAGUCUGGUUUGUUAACUCUUCACCAGACUGGUGGCUUGGACUAACAGAUCUCAGGGGGAAAUUACUAGUCUGAAUUAAAAUUUUUCCAAUUGACAUCCAAGGGUGAAAUCUGAAGAUGACGGGACAUUUUAUCUAAAAGAAGUGCUGCUAUUCUCUCAAACAGAUAAUCAUGGAUGGCACUUUUGUUCCUCUUUUUAGUAGUGACUUUGAAUAAUCUGAGGUUGUUUAUUUGCGACUGUUACUUUGGACAAGUGGUGAACAUCGCAGACAGGUGCUGGUCUGCAUGCAUGCAUGUUGGGGGUCCGGAAAUUCUAAAUUCUUGUUAACAUAUUUCUAUAUAUAACAACUCAGUUUUGAGAAGUGACAUAAAACCUAGAUCCAGUUUAGAUUCAGAGUCUACCUUUUCCAGCCGAAAGAGAGUUAUUUUCAAGACCCCCCCCCCUCCUGUGCCCUGUAUAUGGGCCUGGUGUAUUUUAAAUAAGCAUGUGGUGGCAAAUUAACACUAACCUUCUAACAUUAGGCACCAGUAAAGAUAUAAUGUGCUGGGAGCAGCUGUUUUAACUGUUUGUGAAUGACAACCAAUUUAACCCUUUCUCUGCCAGGAAAACUGAUGGUAUUAAGGGUUCAUAAGGGUUAAUCACUUUCACUUUCAUUUUCACUUCUCUUGUGGUUGUGGUAGCUGUACUUUUACAGGCUAUGAAGUGAAACUGUUUAUAUUUGGUAAUAGAUAUUAGGCAUAUUUUGCAGUUUACUCGGGUAUCAAGGAAGAUAUGAGUUUCAUGUACAAGCCUGUAGAAAGGUGUUGGUUGAUAGUACUCAUGGUUUACCCUCAGUUACUAGAAGUACACCCAUGAAACUUAUGUAUAAUAUAACCCUUGUAUGUAAAACUUACACUAACAGUAUUGAAGUACUGUAGGUUAUGAUGUAAGUAAUAAAUUAGUACAAUGUUUAUGAGAAAAGAAGAAAAUGUAUCUAUACUAUUAUUAUUGUAACAGUAGUCUUUGCUGAAGUUAAGAAUUAGGAAUCGACACUCUUUGACUCUCAGCUUUCUUAUGAGCUGCUUCAGAAAUUUUUAAUCUGAAACUUAUGUACUCAUUGCCUUAUAUUGUUAAAUUUCGAGUGUAUUAAUUGCAGUUUUAUUUUUAAUUCUUUUCUCCAAUAUAUGAUCAUAUGUUCUGUUUAUUUACUUUCAGCGCCACCACCACCACCUCCUCCCGUGGGGGGUGCACCCCCUCCCCCACCCUCCCCAG